AUCAAGUCUGCUCCACUUUCUAAUUAAAACGCUCCAGCCUUGCCUCACUGUCAUGUGGAUUAAGGGCCCCCUCAACCCCCUGCCACAUUUUAAAAUGGCUGUGGAGGUGCUUUAACUAAAGCUCAUUGAAUAAACUUCAGUUAAAGUGCUCCAAUGGCAAUGUUAAAAUAUGGGGUGCUUAAUACAUGUGACAAUGAGCCAUUUUAAUUAGAGUGGCUCUUGGGGAACCACUCUAAUUUAAACAGCUCCUCCCUAUCCCUGGUAUGCGUAUAGGCAACCUUGCUUUAAAAAAUGUUAGCCCUAAGCCAUCAUUUUGGGUGUGUGAUCCCAAUUCUCCAACUAAUUGUCAAGGAGAAAAGAAUUGUUAUUGUCUGCACAACUUCCCUUACUUUCCCGAAAACAAAUGUCACAGUAAUCUCCCCUUCCAACUGGCUGGGCCAUUUUGCAAGCAAAUCUCCUAGCAUAACAGAGUGGGAGAAGGGGGAAGAUGCAUCUUCUUCUCCCUGACCAGGUCUACUCUUGCCUCUUUGGCUGGUACAGCUGUGGCCAUUGCGCACAGGACUGAUGAUUAUAGGUUUUUAGCUUCUGAUGCUGGCUGACACCAGAGCAUCAUCUCCAUCCCAUUGACAAAGAAAGGAUUUUUGGCAAAACUAAAUUGCAUGAAGGAAAGUGACCCUUUAGCAGUACUAGCUGCCUCAGCCCAGAAUGCUGGCCUGGAGAUUUCUCCCCUUUUUGCUGUGCUAGGAAACCUUUCCUUUGUAGCCAGGCCACAGGGUUUGGCUCCAGCAGAGCUGCUAGUGGGUGGUGAUGAACGAGACCAAUGGAAAUCAAAAGAAUCCUUUUCCUCCAUUUCAGGUUUUUCCACCAGUGAUGCCUCUGCAGGGAGAUGCCUGGUGGACCAAGCUCAGGGCAAUCUUGGCCCAGGGUUUGGCCAGGCAGACAUGGACCUUGACAUUACUGUGAGCCUUCUGCUGGAGAGACUCCAACAGGAGGAGGAGAUGAGAGUAACCAUUUACUCCAGCCUGCAGGAAGUCUUGCAGGGGGACAUAAAAAGCCUGGAUAGGAGCCUUGUCAGGAGGAUCGUCUACUUGGCCUCCAAAGACAUGAGGGAGACCCAGCAAGAAAAUGAUGAAGUGCAGUUGGCAGCAGGAAAAACCCUCGUGGCACUUGCCGGCACCUUUUACAAUUGGGUGAUGUAUGAGCUGCAGUAUCACGUGGGCAUCAUGGAGCUCCCUCCAAUUUACUUCUUGAUUGCACUGGGCAACGUGGCCUCAGCCUAUGCACUGAGGUCUGAGCCUUUCCUUGUGCUGACGCUCAGCAAAUUGCGUUUUGUGCUGAGGCUGGUGGAGACCGACCAGAUGAAGUGGGCGCUGUGUGGAGUUGUGGAAGGCUUUGCCCGAGCUGCCAACCUGAAAUUCCACAUCGGGGACGAGAGCCCGUUCCCCAGCUGUCGGGCAGCCGACUACGGUUUUCAUGUGCUCCCUUUCUUGAGCUUCAUGAGCAGCAGCUGGCUGACAAGCAAGGACCUGGAGGUGAGGACUGCUGUCUUUCUAGCUGCAUAG